AGCGCUAGGCUGCCUCCAGCAAGAGCAAGCUCUGUGGCCAGGCACUGGAAAAGCAGUCGGGAAAGAAUCACAGGAAGCGCCUGAUUUUGCUGCCUGUUCGCCCCCUGACCGGGUUUCCAGAGGUACGAGUUCCAGAAAAAAAAUCUGAAAGGAGACAGGACCUGACCUUCUGCAGGAAGACUGGAAAAGAAGGAGGGCAACCAGAGUGACGAAGCUGGAAGGCACACAAAGGAGUUGUGGAAGUGUCGGUCCGAAGUCCAAUGGCCUGCUGGUUUAGUGCAAUGCUUUAUUGCUUUGGGGGUUCAGUUUUGUCUUCGUUGAUGCUUGGUGAACCUCCAGUAGCAUUUCUGGCAAAAACCAUAAAUAUUCUACUGGCAUCCUCAGUCUGGUAUCUAGUGUUUUACUGCCCAGAAGACAUGUUCUACCGCUGCUUUUCCUUGAUGCCUCUUCGUCUUCUGGUGGCAGGAAUGAAAGAAGUGACGAGGACUUGGAAGAUCACAGACGGCAUUGCACACGCAAACACUGUCUACAAAGAUGCCUGGCUUGUCAUGGUAGCUGUGGGCUGGGCCAGAGGUGCUGGUGGUGGCCUAAUUUCCAAUUUUGAGCAGCUGGUGAGAGGAGUGUGGAAACCUGAAACCAAUGAGCUCCUGCAGAUGUCUUACCCUGUGAAGGUAACUUUGAUAGGAGCAGUUCUUUUCACCCUGCAACGCAGACAGUACUUGCCAAUAGCAAAACACAACCUCAUGUUUUUAUACACCAUCUUUCUUGUUGUCUUCAAGGUAAAAAUGAUGUUGACGAGAGAUGCAACUUCUCCACUUGCUCCCUUUGAGGCUGCACUGAGCCAAAUGUUUUUUGGCUCACAGAAGACACCUUCCAAAGUGAAGGGUGAAGGUGUCACAUCUUCCAACGGCUCUUCAGUCUGUGACCAGCCUUCUGAGCAGCACCAUGAGGGUGCUAAGAAAAAGCAAGCAAAGAAAACAGAAUAAAUGACUUUAAAUCCAUGUGAUGGUCAUGAAGAUGUUUGUCUUCCAGAUCAGGCUGGCUGAGAAGUUUUUCUAAGGAAAUGAGAAAAUGGUUGUGUUGUGGUUUGCCUUUUUGGAAUGUGCUAUUAUGUAAGCUAUGUGUAAAUGCACAUGUUGGAUUUGUGAGUUAAAGCUAUGAAUUUUUAUAGUGGUGAAAAGUUUACUAAUUUUUGUAUUUAUGAUAACUUCAAGUGCUUACAUGUUUAAAAAAUGUGACAAUCAUUUUUUUUUCCUACUGUAUCACUUGUUUCAUGUCUUCCUAUCUCCCAGGUCUUGUUUCAUUUUGAUAACACUGAUUUGCACUGUCAGGUGUUCACUGUAGCACAUCCCAAAUAAGGAAGUCAUUAAGUAAGACUUAAGCACAUUGCACUGUGGAAAACCAUAAAAAUGUACUGAUUUAAUGCCUUUAACUAGAAAAGUAACUGAUUUAUUGUUGUAAUUCUCAUUGCAUUGGUCUAAAUUUUCUUCAUUUCUUAAAGUAAAUGUUUUAAAAUAUUUUUCAAUGUUUUAAAAUGAGAGUACAUUAUCUGGCACUUUAAAAAAUCUUUACAGUUAGCAAUUAGAAACAUCAAUAUUUUGUUGUUGACUUACUUGGACUCUUCAUUUGCAAGCAUUUGAGAUGUAGGUGUUUUUUCCACACUGGUGUUUUACAAGUGAUUUGUAGUUACCUUUUGGUUCAUUGGGGUCUAGACAUUCUUUGCCUUAAUUUUUUUCCAAGCAUAUGUACUUACUUCUUUGCAAAGACAAACUUCAUUAGGAAGAAGAAUACUGGACGGUACAGUUACCUUGUUUAGUCAGCACCCUGAGCUGCAAGACAGGGAUGGGAGCAGUGCGAAUAAUCCACGAGGGAAUGGUCAGUGAGCUGCUAGAACACCUGGACACUCCCAAGUGGUGGGAUGGGAUCCACCCUGAGGUGCUAAGGGAGCUGGCAGAGAGCUUGCUGAGCCACUUCCAAUCAUUUACCAGUAGUCCAGUUAACUGGAGGUUUCCAACUGUCACGUACAUCUACAGGAAUGGUCAGAAGGAGGAUCCAGGGAACUCCAGGCCUGUCAGCUGCCCUCAGUGGCAGGGAGGCCAUGGAGCAGAUCCCCUGAGUGCCACCAGCAGCAGGAACAGGACAGCCAGGGCAUCAGGCCCAGCCAGCCUGGGGUGGGACAGGCAAACCUGCCUGACCAACCUGAUCUCCUGCUGUGACAAGAGUGAGUGCUCAGGAGUGAGGGAGAGGCUGUGCCUGCCUGUGCUUUACAGAGCCUGGGACACCUUCUCCCACAGCACCUCCUGGAGAAACUGGCUGCUCAUGGCCAGGGCCUGGGCUCUGGGUGAAGAACUGGCUGAGGGCAGGGCCGGGGAGUCCUGGGGAAUGGAGGCACAUGCAGCUGGGCUGGGCUCAGUGGGGUUCCCAUGGGAGCAGCACUGGGGCCAGGCCUGUUCAACAUCUCCAUCAAAGGUCUGCCUGACAGGAUCGAGGGUGUCAGUCAGUUCCUGAUUGAGGGAGCGGGGACAGGAGCUCAGCCUGGAGAAAAGGAGGUUCAGGGUGGCCCUUCUGGCUCUGCACAACUCCCUGACAGGAAGGGACAGCCAGAGGGUCGGGCUUGGCUCCCAGGAGGAGAGGAAGUGGCUGAGGAAGGUUAGUUUGGAUGUUAGGAAGAGUUUCCCCACAGAAAUGGUGAAAAGCAUUGGAACAGGCUGCCCAGGGAAGUGAUGGAGUAAACAUCCGUGGAGGGAUUUAAAAGGGUGUGUAGAUGUUGCACAUGGGGAUAUAGUUUAGUGUUGGACUUAGCCAUGUUAAUGCUUGACUUGCUCUGAAAGGUCUGUUCCAACUUAAACUACUCUUUAAUGUCAGAAGCACUUAAAGUUUUUAUUAGCAUUUGCUGAAACCUUGCUGCUUUCUGCAAGUUGUGUCUUUUUUUGCUCAAGAUGUGAAGCAGUUCUAAGUAGCAUACACUUCAUAACUUUGGCAUGUUAGAGAUGUUACAAUGCAUAAGAAUAGAAUCUUUUUCAGAGGAGUCUUUUUGUUAAUGUGCCAAUUUUUAGAAUAAACUAUUUUUACAAAACUAGACUAUUUUCUUCAGAGAGUACUGCUGUGAAGAAUAUUGUUCAGCAAAGAGGAGUUAGGUUAAUUUUUGUGCAGGGAUGCCAGAGAGAAUGUGGAGGGAGAUCUGAUUUGAAAAGAUGAAGUUCUAGUUUCAGGUACAUCUCUAAAUUUAGAAAAGCUGUCACCAAUGCUGUGCUUAGAGAAAAGAAAAAUAAAAGUUCCAAAGAAA